CACAUAAAUAAUGAUCACAUCCAUGGAGAAAAGAAGGAGUUUGUGUGUCGCUGGGAAGAAUGUUCAAGAGAGCAGAAACCCUUUAAAGCCCAGUACAUGCUGGUAGUGCACAUGCGCAGACAUACAGGAGAGAAGCCUCAUAAAUGCACGUUUGAAGGCUGUUCAAAGGCCUACUCCAGACUGGAGAACCUGAAGACACAUUUGCGCUCACACACAGGAGAGAAACCCUAUGUGUGUGAACAUGAAGGCUGCAACAAAGCCUUUUCCAAUGCAUCAGACCGAGCCAAACACCAGAAUCGCACACACUCCAAUGAGAAACCCUAUGUGUGUAAAAUCCCUGGUUGCAUUAAACGAUACACUGAUCCCAGCUCUUUACGGAAACAUGUUAAGACUGUACAUGGUCCCGAAGCACAUGUUACCAAGAAACAGUGUGGAGAUACAUACCCACGUCCCCCACCUCAGCCCCGAGAACCUGGAGGAAAUGGACAAGGUCAGUCACCGGGACAACUGCCUCUCAGAGCGAUCACUGACCAAAGGGAGUAUAAUCAUGCUACCUCGAAACAAGAUGAAUAUCUACAAGUAAAGUCAAUCAAAACAGAGAAGCCCAUGACGUCUGAGCCAAGCACUGGCAGUCAGUCUUCAUGCAGCAGUGACCAGUCCACCAGCGGCCCCCAUAUCGGCCGUGGAGUCCAGCUUGCUGUGAACAGCAUUGGGCUUGCGGGGGAGGAGGCAGUUCUUGAGGACCAGGAAAAUGAAGAGGAGGAUGAGGAAGGAGAGGGAGAGGAAGACGAUUCCCCCAUAAUGGACUCUACAGUAUCCACUGCAACAACCACGGUGGCAACACUAGCUUUGCAGACUCGCCGAAGUGUAGGACGGCCCCUACGCUGGAUGGAGCAUGUUAAGAUGGAGAGGUUAAGGCAGGUGAAUGGAGCUGUGCCUAGGCUAGGCCAUAUGUCACCAACAAUGCCCCCUAAAGGCCAGGCCCUGCCUGCCCUCACAGGAAAGGGUUCAUGCCUUGGUAGGAGUAGUUCUGUGGGGGUUCCCCAGCCUCCUCCACGUCCUGAGCCGUCCAACACAGAGCUGACAGUGCUGAAUUUGCUGCAUGAGCGCCGGGACAGCAGUGGCAGCAACACCAGCUCGGCCUACCUGAGCAGCAGUCGUCGAUCCUCUGGCAUCUCCCCCUGCUUCUCCAGCCGCCGUUCUAGCCAGGCCUCGCAGUCUGAGCACAGCCACCAUCGGCGUAUUCACAAUCUCAGUGCCACUGACUCUUAUGACCCUAUCUCCACUGAUGCCUCUCGACGCUCCAGUGAAGCCAGCCAAUGUGGAGGUGGAGGAAGUUCAGGUGGGAUGGUGUACGGUGGAUGUGGAAGUAUCAGAGUAAGUGGGAUGCGGGCAAGAGGUGUUCUGAACCUCACUCCGGCUCAACACUAUCACCUGAAGGCCAAGUAUGCCGCUGCUACAGGUGGGCCUCCUCCCACACCCUUGCCAAACAUGGAGCGCAUGAGCCUAAAGACUCAUCUGGCUUUGAUGGAAGAUAAACAGAACAUGGGCCAACUUACACUACCACCACUGGUCAGGCCACGUCGCUGUAGUGAUGGUACACAUAACUUACAUGGCAGUCAAGCAGUAUAUCAACAAAGGGGACUGUAUCCUGUUGAAGGUCCAGGGAAUAAUGAUCGAAGAGCCAGUGACCCUGUGCGUACACGGGAUACUAGUGCUUUUGGCUUGCCACAGUUACAGCGUUUCAGCAGUUUAAACAACAUGAAUUUAUUACCCCAUAUUGCUGGUAAUCAUUAUUUAGAUGGAGAAGAUAACAGUCUGAGCUUACAGAACUACAUCUUUCAGAGGAGUCUACACUCGCCUUGCCCUCCCAGCAUUAUGGAGCAAUCAGCACUUGAGGACUUGGCAGUAGACCAAGAUGGUCUUCUAUUACAUGUUGAUGAAGACAUUCUGCCGGAUGACUUGGUACAGUAUCUUCAUUCCCAAGAUCAAGAAUCAGAUCACAGCCAAGACAACUAUAGCAGUGAUUCCAGUCCCCAUAGAUCCAGUUUUGACCAGGGUACUGCAGAUGUCCAUAACUUCCUCAACCCACAACAGCAACAGGAGGAGUCAGAAGGGGAAAGCAAUAGUAAAGAUGUAAUGCCCAUCCAGUGUAUUGAAGUGACCUCUGGUAGUGCUGAUGUUUCUCCUCCCAGGCAGCAGUUUCAGAGGUGCGGAAGAUGGUCAGACCAGAAUGGCAUAGUGAGCAACGCCUUUGGUCGCUUUGGAAACAUGGUUGUGCAGCAACAAAUGCAUACAGAGUUCAUGGAUCAACACUCAACUCGUUGUAGAGAUGGUGUCCAACACAUGGCAGGUAUGAACUACAGGUGCAUACAUCCAGAGCAACAUCAACAAAUUGCAAAGCCAUACCAACAACAGUCCAGGACGAAUCCAGGCAUUAAGACAGAGUCUUCUUCAACCUCCAAACUGGAUUCAAGGCGCAACAACUUUGGUCGACCAGAUUUCUCUCAUAUCUUUUUGGGUCCCCUCCGUCCUAGCUGUACCCAGCAGACAACUAUAUCCCAAACUAACCUCGUACUAAAUCAAACAAUGACACAUCAAAUCAGCAGCAACCUUUUGUUGCAAAGUCCAGCUAACUGCAGCUUGUCUCCGGCAACACUACUGCCUCACCAGGCCCAACCUCCUAUGACUCACCCACCUGUCAAUAGUGGCAAUAGAAGCUUAAAUCACACACAACCCUACUUCAUUCAGCAGCAUAUCAACGGUCAUAAUGCACAUUCAUGCCAGCAGCAAAGCUUGAGAAAUGGAACCAAUCACUCUCUUGCAAAUCAGGUUUCAGGACUGAAGCUUGAGGCAGAUGAUCGCCUUCAUACCAACACUUGCUCUUCUAUCCAGCGACAAAAGCCUGUGUUUAUUGCUGAGUGUUUUGACACAUCCAAAACGUCAUCUUCUCAUGACAUAGCACAGUCAGGUCUAAUGGAGUGCUUGACAGCUAAGACAGAAACACCUUCUGAGGUCCUUCUGUCCCCUGGGGUUGAUCAGGUGACCAGUACAGUAGAAGAAAGCCCAGGUGUCUUAGAUAAUGUUGGUUUAGAUAUUUGUUCCAUCCUUGAGGAUGGUUAUGAGCAGGGUAGUGUGGUGUCUGACAUAAUCAGUCCCAGUUUUUUCCAGGGUCUGUCUAGAACUUCCUCUCGGCUGACUACUCCUCCUGUUUCAGCUCCAUUUCAUCCAGGAACUAACAACAUGGCUAUCGGUGACAUGAGCUCCCUCCUCACCACCCUUGCAGAAGAAAGCAAAUUUCUGGCUAUUUUGCAGUAAUCUGUGCACUCCCCCUCAUUUAACAGACUUAUGUAUGUAAUGUAAAGAUGUGGGAUGAGAAAGAAAGUUAUUGCUUUAUACUUAUUAAAAUAGAUUAUUAGGUGAUGAUGACAAAGAGUUGGUACACAAUCUUAAACCUGUCUCAUCUUCCUAGAGGCAUUGACCAAUAGAACCAUUCCAUUUCUGGAAUAGAGGCUAUUUUAAAAACCCUUCUUUUAUAUUGUUAUAUGACGAUUACAGAUGGAGA